AUGGCCAUGAACAAUGACCGAUAUUUUUUUGUAAAGAGAGAGCCAGUAUCUAGAAACGGUAAUGGGAAGAGAAUCAAAACGGAUCUGGAAGGGGAUUCUGAUGGAGGUUGGUGGAAGGCCAACACCGGAGACAUGGAAAUUAAAGACUCAGAGGGCCACCUCGUGGGUUACACGAAGUCGCUCACCUUCUUUAAAUACAAAAACAAAGAGAUCACAAUCCGAAAAGAAGCAACCAAAACCGACUGGAUUAUGCAUGAAUACUGGCUAGCUUCCGAUUCUCAACACGGUCCGAGGACUGACCCAUCAACAUCGGAACAAGCAUUUUUGGAUACGAGGAUCACAGAUAUUAAUCCGUCGUCGGAUCAAUUACAAGCAUCAUCGGGUACAGGCCGGAGUGGUACUUCUGAUCCAUCAUGGGAACUAGUUUCUCGGCCAGAAGCACACGAUGAUGAAAUCGAUGCCAUUCUUAAUCUGCCCCCAGAGAAAUUUCAAGCAUUCUUGGAGAGUGUUUUAGUACUUUGA